GGAUACUUAAGCAGGACAAAUUCAGUGAAGAGUAUAAAGAAGGGUAUAGAUCUUUUAUGGAGGUUGCAAAACAUCAUGUGAAUGAGAGGAAUGAGACAAUAUGUCCCUGCAUGGAGUGCUUGAAUAAACGUUGGCAGCCUCUUCAUGCUACUAAUGCUCAAAACAGAGAUCAACAUGAAAGUACCCAUCGGGGUGGUGCACCAUUUAUUCAGCAUGCUUUGCAAGCAGCAAAGGUAAUUAAAUAAUAGUCGCUCGUGUGGCAUUCUAUUACGAUAAACUCUUAUAUAUUGAACUGUAUGUUUUUUCAAGUGCAGGAAGGUGGUAAGCCUAUAUCAUUUAUAGACAAUUAUGAAAACAUGUAUCAGGAUGCAAAGCAUAAGUGGGUUAGUGAGGCUAAAUGAGUGAGACAUGAGAAAAUGAAGCAGAAGAGGGAAGAUGUCAAGGCAAAGUUCAUUGAAGAGGCACAAGAAGGUACUCCUAUUGAAUCAAUAGAAGUGGCUUUGAAUGACGAGAUUGCAAUUAUGGUUGAGGAGUGUGGGAGAAAAGGUGGCAAGGUUCAAGGUUUAGGUGUUUUCCCUCGCUUGGAUAUCUCGUCUUCUUCUUCUUCUUUAAUGCCAAUAAAUUCUGAGUGGAAUGAGAUGAAAGGUAAUCUACAAAAGCUUACAUCCACGGUAAGUUGCUUGGAAUCUGAAAAUGCGAAGUUGAAAUCUAUGUUGCGAGCAAUAUUUAGCAAAUUGAAUGGGAGUGACGACAUUAAUUGUGUUGCUGAUGAUAGCUCUGCUCAAGAAACUGAUGGUAUUGAAGGAAUUGAUGACUUCUCUAAUGACUAGCUUGGUAUGGAGGGUUAGAAUGCCUUGGGUUUCAUGAAAUAUUUAGGAAUUAUCUUUCUCAUAUGUAGUUAAGGAACUACUUAGUCUUGAACAAUCGGUCCUAGGUUAUUUUAUAUUGAAUCCUUUUGGAAUUGCAAUUACUGAACAGUAAUAUGUUGGUGACUAGCCUAAAUUUAAUAUAAUUUUGUAGGUUUUGUAAGUCAUUUGCAUUUUCCCUUUGUCUC